CAGAUCUGACCUCCCUGCAACUCUCCCAGUCUCGCGAUAACUGGUCCCGCCUGGGAGACCAGCCCGCUGCUGUUUCCGACGGGGCUGCCAUGUUGUGAUUGGAGACCCAGCCCCUCCCAGAACCCGCCCUGUGCGGGCAGCGACCCCGCGCAGGAGCCCUGGGCCCCAGACCACAUUGAAAGCACAGCAGCUGUAGGGAUCCGAGCCCAGAGAGCGUGGAAUCCCCCAUGGCUGCGACGCACGCAGGACCCCGGCCCGCGGGCAGCCCUGGCCGCUUCCUCCCCGCCGCCCUCGUCCUCCUGCUGACCCUGUGUCUGGACCCCGCCGCAGCCCUGGCCCCCGAGCUCGCGGAGGUGGAGCCAGCCCCGCGCCUCAGCGUGACGUUCAACCCGAAGUCGCGGAGGCUGACUUGGGACUGCCGGGAAAACGCCACCGACGCCAGGUGUUUCAUGCUUCACAAGGAGAAGGGACCCAUUGAAAUCAAGCCCUGGGGGAAGGCGUGCGCGUGCACCUUCAACUAUGCCCCGCUGCACGGAGGGGUCACCUUCGAGGUCCAUGCCACCGUGCGGGGCAGGCCCGUCCGGGAGGAGCUGCUGUACCCCAACCCAGGGCACGAGGGCACGGCCGCCCGCAACUUCUCCUGCUUCAUCUACGACGCCGGCUCCCUGAACUGCACGUGGGCCCGGGGUCCCGCGGCGCCCGGAGACGUCCAGUACUUCCUGUUCAUCGAGAACACCAAGACGCAGACGGAGCAGGAAUGUCCCCUGUACAGUCCGGACUCGGGGACCCACACCGGCUGCCACCUGCGGGACCUGUCGGCCCUGGGCUUCCGGAACUACUUCCUGCUGAACGGAACCAGCCUGGCGGCCCCCAUACAAUACUUUGAUUCCAUUUGGACCGCAAAGGAAAUAGAGCGACUGAGCCCGCCGGACAAUGUCACCGUGUACUGCAACACAUCACACUGCCGCAUCAGAUGGAGACCCCCACAGACCUGGAUACCUCUGACCUACAAGGACUUCACAUACCAGCUGGACAUCCAGAGACGGCACGCUGGGCUUGGCAGCGGGACCCCUCCGGUCCAGGUGGCGGGCGAGGCGGAGAAUGAGUACUGCUUCCCCAGCCCCGAGCCCCGCGCCAGGCAGGCGGUGCGCGUCCGGGUUGCAGAUGUGCGAGGUGGGCCCUGGAGCGCGUGGAGUCGGCCGGCGGCGUUCGGCUCUGACACCCGGGCGGGCCCGGCCCUGCGCCUCUACGUCCCGGUGGUGCUGGGCACCCUCGUAUGCGCCCUGGUCCUCGGCUUCCUCUUCAGAAGGUUUGUUGGGCUCCGUGCUCUGUGCCCCCGCGUGCCACAGGUCAAGGAUAAAGUGAGCAGCGUGGAUGGAGUCGCCCACCAGGUGCCCUGGGAGGACUUCGCCCCCGGCAUCAGGAAAGGCGAGCUCGAGGACGUGUUGACGGUGGAGGAAGUGUCCUGAGCCUGUGAUGCGCGGCAGCGAGAGCCGGGAGAUUCAGGCUGCACCACGCACACACCUGGAGGCGUUGGGGCUCUGGCAUUUGGAGCAUUUCUGUGUUUUAUUUUUUAAAAUAUUCUUUUGCAAACGUG